GACUUCAUGCAAAUGAGCACAGAGGAAACAGUCAGCUGCAUUAUACAGCCAACCAAUAGAAGCACAGCUCCAUCUUGGCUGUGCACUGGACUGCAUUACUAACAGACGAUACCAUCGCUUCAGCAGCAUCUUUCCAGACAAGAGAUCUCAAACAGCAGUAAACAAGUGGGGCCCCAAGGAUGGCUUCUGGCCACUGGAACGAGACCACGCCCUCCGUUCCCCAGGGCCUGGGCUUCCAAGUGCAAACCAUCUACCCGUUCCACGACAACUGGAACACGGCCUGCUUUGUCAUCCUGCUGCUGUUCAUGUUCACCGUGGUGUCCUUAGUCGUCCUGGCUUUCCUCUACGAGGCACUCGACUGCUGCUGCUGGGCCAAGAACAAAACUGUGAAGGACUUGAAAAGCGAGCCCAACCCUCUCCGGAGUAUGAUGGACAACAUCCGGAAACGGGACAGUGAGGUGGUCUAGCCCUCCUCAGAAGAUCAACAGAAGCUUAUAGGCCUCUCUCUGCCUCUUGAGGAAAACGGAAUUUCCUGAGGGCAACCCUUAGGACAACACUGAUGCUGACUUUGAGUGGCUCAAAGAUUUCCAGUAGAAAACAAGUGAGAUGUGCACUUGUGUGUGUGUAUGUGUGUGUGUCCUUCCUUAAAUACACAGUUUAUGACGGGAACUACUGUCUACCUAACACGGCAUCUCAAAAACUACACGAACUAUUCCCAGCACCCACGAGAGGGAAUACUGAGCAACAGUACUCCAGUUUCCAGGCAAACUACAACAUCAGCAGAGCUAACUGCUAAAGAAAGUAACUUGUGCCUGGUCACACACAUUAAAAAGAAGUGUUUAGAUAGUAAAAUCCUACUUAAAAUGUGCCUCUAAAUCCCGAGUAAAACAUUUCCAGGUCUCACAGUGGUGGUGCACGCCUUUAAUCGCAGCACUCGGGAGGCAGAGGCAGGCGGAUCUCUGAGUUCGAGGCCAACCUGUCUUGGGGGAGGGGGGACAUUUCCACUACAGAGUCCCUUUGUUAUAGCAAGAUGAAGGGGAUGAGAUAGCCUUGAUAUGUAGCCCAGGCUGACCUCAAUCUUGAAGCAACCAUACUGCCUCAGCCUCCAAAACGAUGGUAUUACAGGCAUGUGCCACCAUGGCACAGAGUCCCUAUUUAUUACAAUCCAGUAUUUUAAAACUGAUUGAAGACAGUAUUUAUUUUAUUUUAUUUAUUUACUUUUGGUUUUUUGAAACAGGGUUUCUCUUUGUAGCCCUGGCUGUCCUGGAAUUCACUCUGUGUAGACCAGGCUUGGCCUCGAACUCAGAGAUCCACCUGCCUCUGCCUCCCAAGUACUGGGAAUAAAGAUGUGUGCCACCAUGCCUGGCUCAUUAUUUUUACUUCUCUUAUUCACGCUAUCAAGACCUAAGGAUACUCAAUACAGAAACUUGCAAAGACAGGUGGAAAGGGUUUGUUGGAGCUGACAGUGUAAUAAUACAUAAAAAGAAUACAUACA